AUGUGGUGGGCAGGAGAUGUGCGCGACUACUGGAUGGCCCUCACUAUCCUAGAAAUUAUUGCCGUUUUCAUCAACGUUUACUGCGUGGUUGUGGUGUACAUGUUUUUGAAACGAUUAACUGCUACCACGGAUCAGUACGAAGGAAAAGACCCACGAUCCAUGGACUUUACCUUCUUAGCAGGUGGUGUUCGUUUAGCAUAUGACAUUCGUCGAACGACUCCUGAAAAGAUUAUGAAAAAUUCCUAUCCUCACUAUACAACUCCUAUGCGUCAAUCAUUUCCUGCAUAUGCUCCUAGUGAGAUACCCCAAACUCCUAUGCCUAUGCCGCCAUCAAGACGUACCCCAGUUCCUCCUUAUCCUUUGGACGAUCAAGAGGUUUGUUUAGUUGGUUCUGAUCCAAUUUACUGGAGGUUGUACCACCAACGACGAAUUAGCAUUCAUUCUAUAAUUAUCACUUCUUGAAC